UUACGCCAGGACAGAUCCUCACCCGCGAACUCUGCGCAAGAUUGGAACGUCCAUUAACAUCUGACCCUUGCCCGCCCACCACAUCCGUGGCAUCUCUGUGCUCCAGAGAGGAAGCAGGUCUUGGGGUGCAUCAUGAUUUCAUCGUUCUUAGUGCUGGCCGUUGGUGCCUGCCUUAGCAACUCCUUAGUGCCAGAGAAAGAGAAAGACCCCAACUACUGGCGCGUCCAGGCUCAGCAGACCCUGAAGAAUGCCUUGGAACUCCAGAAUCUCAACACCAAUGUGGCUAAGAACGUCAUCAUGUUCUUGGGAGACGGCAUGGGCGUUUCCACGGUGACAGCCGCCCGCAUCCUCAAGGGCCAGCUCCACCACAGGCCUGGGGAGGAGACCAGGCUGGAGAUGGACCACUUCCCCUUCGUCGCCCUUUCCAAGACAUACAACACCAACGCUCAGGUCCCCGACAGCGCAGGCACUGCCACCGCCUACUUGUGUGGGGUGAAGGCCAAUGAGGGCACCGUGGGGGUGAGCGCAGCGACUGAGCGCUCCCAGUGCAACACCACUCAGGGGAACGAGGUCACGUCCAUCCUGCGCUGGGCCAAGGACGCUGGCAAGUCUGUGGGCGUCGUGACCACCACCCGAGUGAACCAUGCCACACCCAGCGCUACCUACGCCCACUCCGCCGACCGGGACUGGUACUCGGACAACGAGAUGCCCCCGGAGGCCCUGAGCCAGGGCUGCAAAGAUAUUGCCUACCAGCUCAUGCACAACAUCAAGGACAUUGAGGUGAUCAUGGGGGGUGGCCGGAAGUACAUGUUCCCCAAGAACAAAACAGACGUGGAGUAUGAGAUGGACGACAAGGCCAGGGGCACGAGGCUGGAUGGCCUGAACCUCAUCGACAUCUGGAAAAGCUUCAAGCCGAGACACAAGCAUGCCCACUACAUCUGGAACCGCACUGAGCUCCUGGCCCUUGACCCCCGUGCUGUGGACUACCUCUUGGGUGAUUGCUUGUCUCUCCCCAAGAAAGGCUACUUGGUCUGGAGAGGGAUGAAGGGUAGGGGUACCUACGGAUCUUCCCCACCUCUCUCCUCACUGGAAGGCUUUGUCUUAAUGUCCCUAGGAGGCAGAAUUGACCACGGACAUCAUGAGGGCAAAGCCAAGCAGGCCCUGCACGAGGCGGUGGAGAUGGACCAGGCCAUAGGGCUGGCAGGGACCAUGACCUCUCUGGAGGACACGCUGACUGUGGUCACGGCUGACCAUUCCCAUGUCUUCACCUUUGGUGGCUACACCCCCCGUGGCAACUCCAUCUUUGGUCUGGCUCCCAUGUUGAGUGACACAGACAAGAAGCCCUUCACUUCCAUCCUGUAUGGCAACGGACCUGGCUACAAAGUGGUGGGCGGGGAGCGAGAGAACGUCUCCAUGGUGGACUACGCACACAACAACUAUCAGGCCCAGUCGGCCGUGCCCCUGCGUCACGAGACCCACGGCGGGGAGGACGUGGCCGUCUUCGCCAAGGGCCCCAUGGCCCACCUGCUCCACGGUGUCCACGAGCAGAACUACAUCCCCCACGUGAUGGCCUACGCGGCCUGCAUCGGUGCCAACCGCGACCACUGUGCCCCGGACAGCUCAGCGAGCGGCCCCUCGCCGGGGCCCCUGCUGCUCCUGCUGGCCCUGCUCCCCAUGAGCACCUUGUUCUGAGGCCCCAAGGCCUGGGCACACACCAGUCAUGAGAGAUGGCCACCUCCCUCUCCCUGCACUGCCCUCCUGCUGGCAGCCCACACCUCCAGGGGUGGGGAGGCUUGAGUGGCCUCCACAGCUGCCUCAGAGGGGACCCAGGAAACCAAAGCCUGCCACCGCCUGGCCGGGCUCUGCAAUACCAGGCCGGACCGCUCCUGGCUCCCCAUCCCACCGCCCGGCUUCUGCUCCCUCCCCAUCACCUCUCGGCCAACAGGGUGGGUGGCUCUUGAGCAUACAGACAGCAAGUACAGACUGCAGAAUUCUCAAAGCAUCUUAUUUUUCUAGCAAACAUACUUCUCCAGACCUGGAGGCCCUAGAGCCUCUAUGGAACAUUCCAGAUCUGACCCUCCUCCCCCACUGCUGUCCUCCUCCCUGGCCCCGGAAGCCACCAAUGUCCUACUAUGCUUCUGUCACUGCCUUCAAGCCCAGCCCUGCUACAGGGGAGACCAAAUCCCUCUCGCAAGAAGAAGUCUGCUCCCUAACUCAUUCCAAGGCCAUUCAGGUGCCCAGGAAGUCAUUCUUGGGACUGGCCCCCAACUCAGGGUGGCCAAGCUGGGAGAGCAGGCCUGGCGGGCUGACACUUCCCGGCUCCCAGCAGCAAGCCAGCCCCUCCCUGAAGCGACUCUCCUGUUUGGAAUGGCCACAAAAAAAAAUUCUCUUUUUGGUGUUGGUUAAAAGGGAACUCCAAACAUUUAAAUAAAACUUUCCAAAUAUUUCUGA